AUGCGAACAAAAUUCAAAAUAAAUUUAAUUAUUUUUGCCAUCAUAUCAUUGUAUGCUUUAUAUACAACAGCACAAUUAUUACAAAAAUUUUAUCAUAAUGAAACAAAGAAUUAUGAAGGAACUCUUAAUACUUCUCGUGCAUGGGAAAAGAAAAUGUACGAUAAUGGUACAGUAGUAUUGAGAAUCAUUAGAAUAAAAGAUAUUCCUAGAAUUGAUGAAACUAUAGGUAUUUGUACGGAUGAAAAGUUUUCUUUAAGAAUAAUUUAUCGUAAUGGGACGGUUGUUGAGAAAGACCUUGAUUUAGAAAUUCCGUUAUUUAAUUAUUGCUCACGCUUUGAUGUUACAAAUGGUAAAAAUUUGGAAUUAAUAGAAUAUUAUCUGAUUGGAAAGAAUUAUAUUUUAGUCACUUACUAUGACGCAAUAAAUAGCAGUGAUUUUGAUACGUAUGAAGAUUGGGGUAUAAUUAUUGACUUUGAUGGCAAAACUUUAGAUAGAAUCCGAUUUGGGAUCUCAUUUGUAGCCGAUAACAUCCUUAAGAAAAAUACUUUAAUAACAUUAAAUGUUAAUCGAGAGAAAGGAUUUAUCAGACUUUCUGCCAUUAAAGGUUCAGCAAAUGCGCAAUGGCAACAAUUUCAAGUAGAUUCUGACGGAAAGAUAACAACAACAACAUUAACUAAUGGAACGCUUGAAUUUGUCGAUUAUUCAAGUUUAUCUGUUGACGUUAUUUCAACGGUUGAUGAGGGUUAUGCCAUGGUAUUUGCGAAUACGACUGGAUUGUUCUCACCCCAGAUACCUGUUGAUAACUCAACAAUGAUGAUACCACAAUGUCAAGUCUUCGCUAUACCAAUAAGAUAUAAUGAAACGCAAAUCGAACCUUUAUUACUUUAUCAAACACCUAUACCAAAUUUAAUUAUUGAAUCAUUAUUUUGUAAUAUUGCAAGCGUCGGAGUUGGUCAAGUAUGUUUAUUAACCGUAAGGAAUCCAGACAACCUUAGGUUUGUUUCCAAAAUCGCUUUCUUAUCUUCCGGUUCAGUUUUUUCCUUUACAAAUAUAAAUUAUGUAAUUCCUGAGGGCGCGACUUUUAACGAGGAAUGGAAAGUAGUAAGUUUACCAUUUGGUGGAUUUCUGUUAACAAAUUCCAAUCCUGACCCCAAUGGUGGUAAGGGGAAUCUAAUUUAUGGUUAUAUACUUAAUAAUGAUACGGAAUCGGUGAGAGCAUGGAGCCUGGAGGAACCUCAUCUGGCUAAUGCAAAUGGCCUUUUUUUGGUAUUACCAAAUAAUACUUUGAUGAUGUCGGAUCUUGAAAUUGAAAAUGACAAUAGCUGGUCAUUCACGAUGAUCGAGUUGCCUAAAAUAAUUGAUAGAAAUGAUAAUUAUUCUAAUCCAAACAUUGAAUCAAGUUCACCAAUGAUUGAUGAAUCGUUUAUUCCAGGAAAAAGUAUUGAGAUCAAUUUUUAUGAUCCGGUAGAAUUAUCCGAUGGCCAAAUUGAAAUUCAUAAAAUGGAGGAAUCCGGUCAAUCAUCAUUACGUCAAGUAAUUCCUAGCAGAGAUUGUUCGUUGACAAGCGAUAGUAAAACGGUGGUCGUAUUUAUAUACAAUUGUACUUUUAGUGUACCGAACGAGGAUUAUUUUAUCAAAAUGGAUAAUAAUUUUGUUAAAAGUAAAGCUUAUAGAGAACCUUUAUUGGGCAUAAAGGAAGAAAUUUGGAAAGUUAAACCAAACGAAAGAAUUGACGGUGAAGUACUUUUUUAUCCUACACUCGCUAUUCAGCUUCGUCUAACUGAUGAUGGUACAAGAGCCUACGAUGAAUAUUAUUCUACUGGAAACAGAAUGAUUUUUUUCGAUUCUUUGAUAAAAGAAUUGGCCGAUGCUGUUCCUAUAGAUAGCAAACGUCUUGAAUCAACCAAGAACGUUGAGAUUGUUUCUAAUGUGGAGAAUUAUUCUCAUCUAUAUUUAAUCUCUGUUGUGAUUAAACAUGUAGAUUCUGGACAAAUGGUUGGAACUGUUUUCAAGGAUAUUCGUAUGUUGGUUAAAAAUAAAAAAUACACUCCAAUUAGUACAGGAAAAUUUACCAAUUAUUUGGACGAUACUUUUGACAUUGAGAUUACAACAAAUUUAUGGGAAAAAUAUAAAUAUGGAUUAUUAAGUGUGUUUUUGGUUGGGUUGGUCGUUGGUCCUUCAUUCUUCUUUUUCACUCGAAAAGAAAAUGAUAACAAUGAAGAAGUAGAUGAAGCGAAACAGCAGGAGAUUAAACAACAAAGUGAAGAUACAGAAAAAAAACUUAAAGAUGAAGAUGAUGCAGAAAAAGGAAAAGAAAAAGAAGCUGCAAAAUUCGAUGUAAAAAGAAGAAACGAAAAUGAAGCUGCAAAACAACCCACUGAAACUUCUGUAACUCCUAAUGAAGCGACUGGACUGAUGCAACCUGUAGAAAAUAAAGAUCUUAAAGAUCAAAAUUUGAAAGAUUGGAUUAAAAAUAAUAUGGCAAUAGCAAGUGCGAUAAUUACCUUAUCUUGUGCCGAUGUUGAAGUUAUGACUGUUUUAAUCUUAGAUGAUCUUCCCAUACAAUACAAAGCUCCUUUUUCAAAGGAAUCUGAAACAUACAUGGUUAUGGGUGCUUUUGUAAAUAUUUUCGUUGAAGAUAUUCCUCAAUUAAUAAUUCAAAUUCUUUAUAUGCUUAGGACCGUAAAUUAUGGUGUUAUUCCAUUACUUUCAUUAAUUUCUUCUACAAUAAGUUUAACAAGAAAUAUAUAUAAUUAUGACAUGAUUGUUUCUGAAGGAUUAAUUCAUUCUAUGUUUUUGGAGAUUGUAAUCAAGAUCCGAGAUCCCGCAAGUGGCUUAGUUAAUCAUUCAUUUAAACGGGCCGUCCAAUCUGAUCGAUCGAUCAAAGCAAAGACCCAGAUAUUUCAAUAG